AUGUCAACCUAUGCUUCACUAACAUGUCAAUAUCAGUUAGUAACGACAACAAAUACUCGUAAAUUAAGUAUUGGUCAUUUAUUUCAUUUAAUUUCAUUGGAUGAAGAUUCAAUUGGUGUGACAAGUUAUCGGGAAAUAGAUAAACUUAUUAAAAUCACUUAUUCAUAUGCAUUACAAGUUCCAGAUGCAAAAUCUUAUGUUUCAUUACACACUAAUUUUACAAGUGAUUCAACAGUUAUCUUAAAUUGGAAUUAUCUGGAUAAUUAUUUAUGUAAUCGUGGAAUUAGUGAUUCAUUUCGACUACUCCCGAAUCUCAAAUUUUGGCGAAGUCGUUUCUUUGUAAUACCGAUUUUCAGCAAUGAAACUCGGCGUUUAGCUGAAGCUAUCCGUGAUAAUCAUAUCACUGGUCAACGAAUUCAAUGUGAUGUUUAUGAAUCCGAUUAUGUAAAUAUAAAUCGUGAAAAAACUUGUGAAAAAUUUGUUCAUUUUAUUGAAUCAAUUAAUCGGAUACGACGUACACCCAUAACAAGUCGAAAGUUAAAUCGUCAAUCUACUAUAGAAAAAUCUGAUCUUCAUCGUGGUGCUACGACGACAACGACAACAACAACAACAACCAGUUUUAACGCAACUAUUUUAAGUGAUACAACUAUAAAUUCUUAUUGUAAAUCUAAAACUAAUCUAUUAACUACAGUCACUCAUACACGACCAUCGAUUAUUACAUCAAUUAACACAACUGGUUCUUUGAAUGAAACCAGUGACUAUAAUAUACAACUAAUUAAUCGAGGAAACGCAAUCAACAACUCAUCAAAUAUUGUUCAUAUAGAUAGUUUUUAUUCUACUACUUCAUUGCCUAAUAUCCCAGGAAUAUCAUAUCAAACUACUGAAGAUCAAUCAUUUUAUACAAAUCCUGGUCAAGUAACACAAAAUACUUCCAUUUUUAAUUCAAGUUUAUUUAAUUCUAAUACUAAUAUCACUUAUUAUUUAGUAGCGUUAAUGAUGGUUGAUAAUGACAAUGGUCUACCGUUCAUUUCAGCGACUACAACUGAUGCAUUUCCUAAUUAUACUUUUAUCUCUAUUGAUGCAGUCAAUUGGAUAAUUAAAUGGUUUCCUGAUAUUACAACUAUUGAACAAGCUAUUUUCUAUCUACAACAAAUGCUAGAAGCUGGUUGGAUAUGUCAUACUUCAGGGAAUUCAAAACAUGUAUUUAUUUAUGGAACAUAUUUUUAUACAUUACUUAUUCCUGAUAUAAAACAAUUAACAAAUACACAAAUUGAUACUUCACUUAAUCUAUCUACAUUAGAUAAUAGUGAAAUGAAUAUUCAAUCUGCUCCAGUUACACCGAUUCAAUUGAAUAUACCAAAUACAAAUUGUACAAGUUCACCUUCUUCCAACACUUCACAAUCAAUAUCUGGUUUAUCAUCAUCUUCAAUAUUUCCAUUGACUACAACCACAUUAACAACAACAUCAUUAAGUACAUCAAAUAAUUUAAUUAUAUCUUGUUACUCUUCUACAAACAAUACAAUAUCAAUAACAAAUUUACCGUAUACUAAUUCUUUGAAUGCUAAUUCGAACCUAUUGAAUAAUUUAUCUGCUUCUGCUAUUUCUACUAUCACUACUAAUACUAAUACUACCACUACUACUACUACUACUACUAAUAGUAAUAGUAUUAGUACCACUACCACCACCACUACUACUACUACUACUACUGCAACUACCUCGACUAUUAUAAGUAAUCCUAUCAAUACUAUUGUAUCACUAACUUCAAUUACAUCAUCUAAUUAUACAAAUACAAUUACUAAUACUUCAUUAUUAUCUCAUAUGAAUAUAUCAAAUCAUUUAUUCAAAACAUUAUCUAAUAUAGAUUUGAAUUUAUUACAACAAUUACCUAUACAAUUUCCUAAAGAUUAUUUACCAAAACUUUUAAAUGAUACAACAAAAUGGACUAGUGUAUUUCAAAAUGAAUGGGCUGAAAUAUCAAUUGUUCAUUAUGGUUCUAAUGAAUAUCAAAUGAAACAACAACAACACCACCACCACCAUCACCACCAGCAACAACACCAACGACAACGGAUUCUUGAUUCAAAGUAUAUCAACAGUAAUAUUGAUAAUAAUGAUAUAUUGAAUGAAAUGAAUGAUACUUCAACUAUAUCAUCUUCCUCUUUUUCUACUACAACUACAACAACACCAACAGCAACUACUACUACUACUACUACCACUAAUACUACUACUAUUCCUAUUACUACAAAUAAUUCUUGUCCAUCUUUAUCUACAUCAGAAGUAAAAUUUGAACAUGUGAAUGAAUUGAAUAGUUUUUUUAAUGAUGGUCUGUUAACAUAUUCAUCAAUUUCUACAUUAUUUGGAAUACCGGAUAAAACUGGAUUUCAAGAAAUUGAUCAAGUUCUUCGUAAAACUUGUUUAUGUGAUUUGGAUGGACCAAAUAAUGAUGGACCAGUUGAAUGGGCUCAUUGUGUAUAUGAUGCAAAUUAUCAUCCAACUUGUGCUUUUUCUAUAGAACUUCAAUGGCUUGUAGUUACAGGCGGACGAAUGGCUGAACUGGUAUCAUUAUGGUAUCAAAAAGCUGGUACAGCUAAUUUACACUUUUUCCCAGUUCCAUGUUAUCCUUUUGGUCAGUCAAAUGAUGAUUUAUCUGAUAAAGAUCCGCUACGUAAACCAAUAUUUUUACCUAUUAAUGUCAAUGUAUUAAUUGAAGUAGCUAAAAAAUUUUAUAAUCAAUCACACCAUGAGAAUAGUUCAUUGAUAUAUGAAAAUUCUCUUUUGAAUAUGACAGAUUUAUUGAAUUAUUUGUUUCCUGAUAUUCCACAUUCAGAACGUCUAACCUGCAUUCGAUUCUUUCAAGAUUCCAUACUUAGAAGAUUUGGCUUUAUUAAUGACAGCUGCGUUAAAGAUCGUUUAGACUAUGAAUUACAUGGUCGAUUGGCUUUCGGUUCGUCUUGUUUUUCACAAAAACAAUGGAUUUAUGUACAUUGCAGUGGAGGUAUAUUUACCAUGAUACCUUCAUAUGAAAGUGGAGAAGUUCAAGGAGAAGAUACUACAAGAAACUUCUCUGUCAUUACUGAGUCUUCAGGAAGUCGAAAAUCUGAAGAAACUGAUCAUAAUAGUGAUCAUUUAAAAGAUGAUUAUAAACGUACAAUAAAUAUGGAUACAUCAUGCAUAACAUCAGAUUGUACUGCUAAUUGUUUUACAAUACAAAAAUCAAUAGGUUAUUUUUGGGCAUGGAAUCAUAUGUUACCAAAACGUUGGCGUGGUCAUCUUACAGGUGAUGAAUUAUUUCAAGAUGGUAUGUUAGCUGAUUUUAGAAUAUUUCUUAAUGGAGAAGAUGAUCGUUUAUUUGAAUUAUUCAAUCGGUUUUUAGAAACUUUAUUCACCAGUAAUAAUAAUAAUAAUCAAUCUAUGUAAAUGAAAUCAGUGCAAUAUGUAAUUCGGAUUGAUAUGUAGAGAUUAUUUUUCUUAGGCAAUAAAGAGACAAUCAUAAUUUGAUCUCGAUAUGUUUUAUUAUAUUUUACAAAUAAAGAAUAUUUCAUAGAAAUAU